UGCGCUCAGCGCGUUUUUACCGCAGUAUCUCUGGAUUAGUGCGCGCGCUGCGGCACUCCGCUCGGUUCACAAACGGUGAAGAGAGAGAAAAUCCGCCCGACCGAGCCGCAAAACGAAGCCAAAUAAAACAAAACUGCCCUCUCGCAUCCAUCGGCACGAGCCGUUUCAUCGCGUUUAUUCUAAUUGGUUAUAAACGCAGCGCGCGCCUGAGAAUCUACCGGAGACAUGGCCAAAGAGGACGAGAAGAAGGAUUCCGGGGACUGGAAGGAAUUCUUCUGGAACCCGCGGACGCACGAGCUGCUCGGUAGAACGGCGAGCAGUUGGGGUCUGAUUCUGUUGUUCUACCUGAUCUUCUACACGUGUCUGGCCGGCAUGUUCUGCCUCACCAUGUAUGUGAUGCUGCUGACGCUGGACGAUUAUAAGCCCACUUGGCAGGACCGUCUGGCUACACCAGGCAUGAUGAUUCGGCCAAAAGGAGAAUCUCUAGAAAUCAUUUAUAAUGUGGAGAAAACAGAGAGCUGGGACUCAUACGUUCAGGCCCUGGACAACUUCCUCGCACCUUAUAAUAACUCUCAGCAGGUGAUGAGCAAUGAUGCCUGCACCCCAGACCAGUACUUCAUCCAGGAGGACAGCGGGGAGGUGCGCAACAACCCCAAACGCUCCUGCCAGUUCAACCGCACCAUGCUGGAGGAUUGUUCCGGACUCAACGACCGCACCUACGGCUACCAGGAGGGCAAACCCUGUGUGCUCAUCAAACUCAACCGGGUGAUUGGGAUGAAGCCAAGUAAGAAUGGAACAGCUCCGUACGUCACCUGUGGAGCAAAGAAGGAGGAUUCGGAGAGCAUCGGUGAAAUUGCAUACUUCCCUCCAAAUGCAGCCUUCAACCUCAUGUACUAUCCAUACUACGGCAAGAGAGCACAGGUGAAUUAUUCUCAGCCUCUGGUGGCCGUGAAGUUCACAAACAUCUCUCUCAACACAGACGUCAAUGUGGAGUGUAAGAUCAACUCUAAUGCCUUCACUUACUUCAGCGAGAGAGACAAGUUCGCUGGCCGCGUGUCCUUCAAGCUGCGCAUCGACAAAGUGUAGAGCAACUACAUCUGCCACACAUACACACACACACACACACACACACACAGGAGAUUGUAGGAGGAGUCAAUCAUAUCUCAAAGUGUUUAAUGUAUUUGUCUGUCCUCAUACUCGGGUCUACAUGAUGAUUUCUGUGUGCGUGCGUGAGUGCGUGUGUCUUUGUAUCUCUGUGUGUUUCGAGUACUCUUGACUGUCGUCAUACCCAGCUGAUAUCGUUCCAAAGUCAAAUCAAGAGAGCAGGAGAAUAUCAUCGAGCCUUUCUAAAUAUCUAGACAAACAAUUCAGACAUAAUCAUGAACAAUCCAGUGAAUUCAGAGGGACCACAAUCAUUUGAGAUUUUAUGUAAAGAAAAUUACUUUUAUAAUUGUUAAAUUAUUUUCAUGGCAAACGUAUUUUCCACAUUUGUGCUUAAUUGUCAUGAAAAUAAUGUCAAAGGUGAAAAUUCCGGCCCUAAAAUAAGCUUCAUUUUCUGUAUGCAAAAUAUAAUAUCUUGCUUAUUUCUUUUGAUAUUGAGGUGAAAUGCGACUUGGAUUCAUUCGUUUAGUCUAUAAAAUAGCUUUUUGUGACUUGAGUGUGUACACAAAUUAGACAAGUCAAAUCAGCUCGAAUUCAACGUCAUUCAUAAUAAAUAAAAUCUGAAUGAAUAAUGAAAUGCGUAGAUAAAAGUGCUAAUAUGAUUGAUUAAUAAACAGAGCCAUAACUUUCCAUAUCCGUCACAGUGAGAUAUAUCGCGCUCUUAACCUGAUAUCUGUUUUUAUCCAUCCAUCAGUUUAUUUAUUUAUUUAUUGAUGAAUUGAGGUACAUUUAUGAUGUUAUUUAUUUAUUAUCUGAUUCGUGGUUUUUAUUUUUUAUAUGACAAUGUUUGUGAAAACACUUUUGUAACACUGUAAUGUUCACAAACGCACACACACACACACACAAGCUAUGUUAAACUGAAACGAUUGGCUGACGUUCCGCACAUGCUCAGAUUGCACUCAACGAUUUACACAUUAGCCAAUCAGCUUUAAGCUGCGCCAUAUCAGUUCGCCAUUUGUUUCACGAUUAAUUUCCCCAAACGACUAAUAAUGUAUUUGCUCCAUUUUGUCCAGAACGGUUCGACCCAUCUUUCUAAAUGUGUACACAGCAAUACCUUCUGGUCCAAGAGUGUACUGUUAAUACUUGUAAAUAAUACCGAAUCUGGGGUAGUUAACGAAGAGAGUAGUUACGAAGAAAAGAAAAAAAAAGACAAAUUUGCCAAUCCAAUAUUUACUAAUGUAGAUGAAUGAACAUAAAAACGUGUUUUUCUUCCCAAAAAGUGUUUUUUUAAUUCAUUUGUUGUUGAGCACAUCAUGGGUUAGCUGCACUUUAGCACACAGCGAGAAAAUGACGCGAACAUUAGAUGAAUAUAUUUCUCAAAACUUUAGUUCAUUUCUUCUUAGCUUUGGUAGGAUCUUAGAUUUUUAUCAUGUGAUUUGACAUUUGGAUGUUCAAGGGGAUUCGAGUCAAAGCCGCCCUGAUUAGCGAGCAGGUUAUCGGGAAGGUCUUAGCGUAGUGAUUAUUAGCGAACCACUAGCCUGCCAUUGUCGAUGUGCAGGCGGCCAGCCUGUCUGUUUUCUUUUCUUUCGUGUUUUUUACAAUCCAAUCCUUAAUUUCGCCCCCAGUUGUGAAUGUGCUGUGUUUCUACUGGGUUACUGCCACAGUGUUGUGCAUUUGAAACAUUUGAGGGUGUGUUAGAAAAGUGUGGGAAAAAGAGCCAAAUGCGGCCAAACAUUUAAAUUAACGUCACUAGUUCAUCCGUUGCACAUCAGAACAGAACUUACGGGCCUGAUGUUGGGAACAGUUCAAUGUUUACAAAAGAGCAGUGACUAAUAACUAGAUUAGCCGCGUGCUAAACUUACGCUGCCUGCCGUACGUUUACUAAGAUCUACUUCACGUGUGCUGCCUGACCGCUCUAUGUCAUGGAAUAGAUUUUAUAUGUUUUUAGGAUAUGGUAAAUCGAAUUAUUGCACAUUCUUUUCAACUUAUGUAUUUUAGAUGCAGCAGCGAUGGAUGCAUCGCUGCAUCGAGCGUUUGUAUACCGCUGCGUGUGUAGAUCACUUACAUUUUCAUACGGUUUAUUCAUUUCCGUAAGACGAAAUAUUCAGUCAGGCAGGAAUUUGGGACAUCACCAUUGAAACGGUGCAUGAUGUCAUAUGUGUAACUGAGUGUUUAGGCGCGGUCACAUUUACCGUUGCUCGGCACAAUCUCGUGGGCGAAUUCCAGUCAGGAAUUUGCGCGAUAGGGAGUUUCACGUGAGAGCGAAAGUGUUCCCCAUGUACAUCUCGCUCGUGUACGAGUUGGUCAUGUAAAUGUUCUUUUAUGGUAUUUUACCGUGAGCAGUUCUUCAUACAUUGCUACGCUACUGCCCGCGAAAUUUCGCCCGAAUUUCGCUAGUGUGACCGCACCUUUACAGCUUCAAUUGAACCUACACGCUUCUGACAAUAUCAUCGAUGACACAUGGCGAAAAACACGGGCUUACACAAACAAUGGCAACGACAAACACACCUGCGCUACUAAAAACUCAUUACAGAGUUUUUCACUCACUCACACACACUGACGGCACCUUUGAGCUCUUUGUCCCCGUCUGUGUUUCUCUCCAAUCCAAUAAUGCGACACGCUCGUCACUUUGAGUUUCGCCGGAUGACUGCUCACAGGCUCAUCCCGGUUUCUCAUCUGUCCUUCAUAGUGAGACGGUGUCUUAUUCUUUCUUCACUCUCUGUAAAAACACUGCUCAGAAACUAGAUGUAUCUUAUUAAAUAUCCUGAAUAUACUGUUAUAUAUUGCCUGACAUGAAAAUUGUGAAACUUAUAUUCGAAAAACAAAUGAUUAUCAUUAUAAAUGAAAAAUGGAAACAGGAAAUAAAAACAUUUUGUGUUUAACAAACA